CGAAGAAGAAGAGGAUGACGACAACGGUGAAGAAGAAGAAGAAGACAGGAAGUGACUGAGACAGGAUUUGACAGGAAGAUGUAGCGAUCUGCACCAAUACACCUGCAGCAGCUGUGACAAGAUGACUAACUUUACCUGUCGAUAAUGGGAAUAUUUGACAGUGCGAUGGGUAAUUGCUGGGGUCAGUGUAUCCGGCUGUUCAGGAGAGAAGCCAAUAGGAUCCAGAGAGGAGGCGGGUCAAAAUACUUUGGAAGCAGUAACACAGGGGAGCAUUAUACAAUAGAGUUUGAGAAUCUUGUCGAGAGUGACGAGGCUGAAAGUCCACAGUCAUGCCCAAGACCAAUCAAUGAAGAUGAGAUCAAGCACCUUACUGAGCACCGCUACGCUGCACUCUCAGACCAGCAGAUCCUGAUAGAUCAGAAGCUCCAGCUGGAGUUAGAGGCACAAGAGGAGAAGUUAAGGCUAGAAGAGGAGGCUAGAAAUGCCGCUCAGCGUGAGGCCGCCAGGUUGGCACGUGAACGCAAAUUACAGGAGUUGUCAGCCAAGAAGAUUUUGGGGAGAGCAGAUGGCUCCAAUAAUGAACCUCAACAAAGACAACAAAAUUCUGGGGAGGACUUUGAUGUCUACCUCCAGACUGUAAAAGCUCAGUCUGAAGCUUUCAGGAGCAACAGAUUGCCCUCUGACACAUACCUGGUGACUCCAAACACAGAGUGCAGCUGGGACUUCACCACCAAGACCCGCUCCACGAAUGAUGAUGGGACUUCACUGGAACUAGAGUGGGAAGAUGAGGAAGGAAUCAUUCGUGCACUUCCUCCCUGGGAGAGGUCUCGGACUGAGGAGGACAUCUUGCGUGCGGCCCUGAGACCCAGCAGCAAGCAGAUUAACAGCGGCCCAGCGUCGGCCUUCUGAGGAUUCAAUGCACUGGAGUGGGAGAAUGAUUUUGUGAGGACCCUUCCAGAGGACAGUACAGACACUGAGUUUGAAGGGUUCGUUAAUCCUGUACCAGACACUCAGUCUGAGGAUCCUUUGUACUGUGGUCUCAGGGCGGACAACCAGGACAGAUAGUGUCCAGCACCGGAGGACAUGCUCAUUGUAAUCUUCCUGUUAGAGAUCACCAGCUUUUUGGUCAUCAAGUGGUAACUUUCUCGCUCUUCAUUUUCUGUAACAUGAGACUCGGAUGUUGUCGGUCUCUUCCCUACAGUGCAGUGUGGGGAGGUUUUUUUCAUCAGAUACAAGUUUCAGUGCCUUUGUUUGCCAUAUUAGGGGACCAUUUUAUGCAUUGGAGCUUGACCUUGUUGGCUAACCACUAACUUUGACACAUUUCUUAGUAAGAGACUAGGUGACCAUACGGAAGAUGCCGAUCUACUGUGAAGGUAGCUCUUCUUUAGGAGUAGCAUAUUGUAUUCACUGACAGCACCUGUUAAGUUACUUUACCCUUUUAAACCUGAUUGAAAUAUUGACCCCUGCACUUGACCUAUCUGGACCUUAAGCUACAAUUAAAAAGCCACUGUGCAGUGUACAGGUACCAACUGCAUUUGUGAGGCAUGGUCUCUGCCUUGGAGUCAUCCUGGAUGUCUUUUGGUGUGUGCAAAGAAAAAGAAACAAUAAACUCUGAUCCCAGUACUCUCCUGCUCUUUAGGUAAUGCAUGGUGACAGAUUAGGAACGGAAUUACGUCAAAGGGUUGCAGAUCUAACAGGUAGAGGGAACAAGACAUAUUUGAUUAAUCAAAACUUAAGAAAUAAAAAAAAUUCUCUAUUUGGAUCUGAAGGGGUGAGACUGGAGGAUGAAUUUCAUGUGUUCAUAAUUUAUUUUCACAGUUUAAAUCACAGGUAAUUCACUGAUCACACAUUUUCACGCUAGUACUCACCUGUGUGAAGAGGAAACAGAAAGCACUUUAUAGAAGCAUGAAUAUGAUUAAAGGCUACACUGCAGAGACUUCACUUUUUAUAUUUGAAUGUGUUAAUCAAAAUAGUGUUGUUUUUAGCUCUUUUUUUUAAAAGUUAUUUUGGGGCAUUUUGUCUUUAGCUGCAAAGAGACAGGAAACUUGACACGCUGCAAAGGUUGUAGCCGGGACUUGAACCAAGGACUGCUUCCACAAGGACUACAGCUUCGAUAAGGGACGUACGCCUUAACUGCCGGGCCAGAUGAGCGCCCAAUUGCAUCCUUGAGAGAAAGAAGAACUAUAUUGGCCUUAAAAUACCUCCCUUCAAUGACCAAGCCUAUUUGGACUCUAAAGCGCAUCUGACUGUACAGUGUGGUGUCUCUGCCUCAUUGAGAUACUUUCAGAAACAUGGGACAUAAGCCUGAGUUUAAGAUUAAUCUAAUUGUGUUCUUAAAGCUUAAAAACUGCAAUUAAACUGUAGACUUGAAAGUGAAGAGUGCGUGUUGCUUUCAAGUAUGUAUGAAAAGGAAAACGUUAGGUGCAGCCUGAAUACAAGUAGCUGAUAUUUUCAGUACAUCAUAAACAUGCGCCUGAAUGCAAUCAGAGUUUAUUCAAGACGUUAACUAUUUGUCUGAAUAACUCCUGUACAGAGUUUCAGGACACUCUGUUCAUUUCAAAGUUGUUUGUUUGAACCAAUCACGCAUAACCAAAAGCUUGUAACACUAAAAAUGUAUCCUUACAAUACUCUGCAGACGGUGAGGGUGCUCCCUGACUCCACAAUGCUCCCUGUUCUCCCUUUGUUUUGGUGUGCUGUUGAUAAUCUACUCUUUCACUAAAGUGUGUUACUCCUGAGUGGUUCUUUGUCGACACAGGAAGACUUUCUAGUAGACAGGCAGUGAUUGACACCAAGUUUCCAUAGAGACCAAACAGCUUGACCAAAAAUGUUCAUUUCCAGUUUGGACUUCUCUAUAAAUAUAAAUUAUAUUUGCAUAUU